CACGCGAGGCGGUGGCACAGAGAGUUACGGUCGAGAUUAAAAAGAGAAGAAACAAAAAAGAAAUCCUCGGCUGCACCAUGCUCUCCGGGUCCACCUCGUGUCUGUGGAUUACGUUUUGCCUUCAUUUAUGCUGUCAUGUAGACAGCGGAGGAGCACAGAACGGGAAGGAAGUGAUUCUGCUGGACUCCAAGGCACAGCAGACAGAACUGGAGUGGAUCUCCUAUCCUCCCAAUGGGUGGGAAGAGAUCAGCGGCUUGGACGAGAACUACACGCCCAUUCGCACGUACCAGGUGUGCCAAGUCAUGGAGCCCAAUCAGAACAACUGGCUUCGGACUAACUGGAUAGAGAAGGGCAAUGCCCAGAGGAUUUUUGUGGAACUGAAGUUCACCCUUAGGGAUUGUAACAGCCUGCCCGGUGUGGUGGGCACUUGCAAGGAGACAUUCAACCUGUAUUACCAGGAGACGGAUUCGGAGGUGGGCCGGAGCCUGCGGGAGAACCAGUACGUGAAGAUUGACACGAUCGCCGCGGACGAGAGCUUCACCCAGGGCGACCUGGGCGAGCGGAAGAUGAAGCUGAACACGGAGGUGCGCAUCAUCGGGCCCUUGUCCCGGAGGGGCUUCUACCUGGCCUUCCAGGACGUGGGGGCGUGCAUCGCCCUGGUCUCGGUCAAGGUCUACUACAAGAAGUGCUGGUCCAUCAUCGAGAACCUGGCCACGUUCCCGGACACCGUCACAGGCUCGGAGUUCUCCUCGCUGGUGGAGGUGGAGGGCGCGUGCGUGAGCGACGCCGAGGAGGAGGCCGACAACUCCCCCAAGAUGCACUGCAGCGCCGAAGGGGAGUGGCUCGUGCCCAUAGGGAAAUGUAUAUGCAAGGCUGGAUUUCACCAGAAAGGGGACGCGUGUGAACCGUGCGGACGUGGCUUCUACAAGUCUUCCUCCCAGGACCUUCAGUGCUCCCGCUGUCCGGCGCACAGCUUCAACGACCGCGAGGGCUCCUGGCGCUGCGACUGCGAUGACGGCUACUACCGGGCGCUCUCCGACCCGCCGUCCGUGGCCUGCACCAGACCUCCCUCCGCGCCAAAGAACCUGGUCUACAACAUCAACCAGACCACCGUCGGCCUGGAGUGGAACCCGCCGGCCGACACGGGCGGCCGCAACGACGUCACCUACAGGGUCAUAUGCCGGCGUUGCAGCUGGGAACCCGAGGAGUGUGUGCCGUGCGGGCCCAAUGUGGGAUACUCUCCGGCGCAGUCGGGAUUAGUGGACACUUACCUGAGCGUCGUGGAUCUGCUCGCCCACGCCAACUACACGUUUGAGGUGGAGGCUGUCAACGGCGUGUCGGACCUGAGCCGCACGCAGCGGCUGUUUGCGGCGGUCAGCAUCGCCACCGGUCAAGCAGCUCCGUCCCAGGUCAGCGAGGUCAUCAAGGAGAAAGUGCAGCAGCGCAGCAUCCAGCUGUCGUGGCAGGAGCCCCAGCAGCCCAACGGAGUCAUCACGGAGUACGAAAUCAAGUACUACGAAAAGGAUCAGAAGGACCGGGUGUACUCCACGGUGAGGUCCAAGUCCACGUCGGCCACGGUGAACAACCUGAAGCCCAGCACGGCCUACGUGUUCCAGAUCCGGGCCUUCACGGAGGCCGGGUACGGUACUUUCGGCCCCCGACUGGAGAUAACCACCCAGGAGGAGGCCACAGCGGCGAUCGUCUCCAGCGAGCAGAACCCCGUCAUCAUCAUCGCGGUGGUGGCCGUGGCGGGGACCAUCAUCCUGGUGUUCAUGGUGUUCGGCUUCAUCAUCGGGAGAAGGCACUGCGGGUACAGCAAAGCAGAUCAGGAGGGAGACGAGGAGCUCUACUUCCAGUUUAAAUUUCCAGGCACCAAAACCUACAUUGACCCCGAGACCUACGAGGACCCCAACAGAGCCGUCCACCAGUUUGCCAAGGAGCUGGACGCCUCCUGCAUUAAAAUUGAGCGGGUUAUCGGAGCAGGAGAGUUCGGGGAGGUGUGCAGCGGCCGGCUCAAGCUGCCCGGGAAGCGGGACAUGUCGGUCGCCAUCAAGACCCUGAAAGUGGGCUACACGGAGAAGCAGAGGCGGGACUUCCUGUGCGAGGCCAGCGUCAUGGGCCAGUUCGACCAUCCCAACGUGGUUCACCUGGAGGGAGUCGUGACGAGAGGGAAGCCCGUGAUGAUUGUCAUCGAGUACAUGGAGAACGGCUCAUUAGAUGGCUUCCUCAGGAAACACGAUGGUCAGUUCACGGUCAUCCAGUUGGUGGGGAUGCUGCGGGGCAUCGCCGCGGGAAUGAGAUACCUCUCCGACAUGGGAUACGUCCACCGAGAUCUGGCUGCAAGAAACAUCCUUGUCAACAGCAAUCUCGUAUGUAAAGUGUCUGACUUCGGCCUGUCAAGGGUGAUCGACGACGAUCCAGAGGCUGUCUACACAACAACUGGUGGCAAAAUACCCGUCCGAUGGACCGCGCCAGAAGCCAUACAGUAUCGAAAAUUCACCUCUGCGAGUGACGUGUGGAGUUAUGGCGUUGUCAUGUGGGAGGUCAUGUCCUAUGGGGAGCGGCCCUACUGGGACAUGUCCAAUCAAGAUGUCAUAAAGGCAAUAGAGGAGGGCUACCGUCUUCCAGCCCCGAUGGACUGUCCACCGGGCCUGCAUCAGCUAAUGCUGGACUGCUGGCAGAAAGACAGAGCUGAACGUCCCAAAUUCGAUCAGAUAGUUAGCAUCCUAGACAAGAUGAUCCGCAACCCUAACACAUUGAAAACGCCAGUGGGAACAUGUACAAGACCAAUUAGUCCACUGUUGGAUCAGAGCACACCCGACUUCACCGCCUUCCGCUCAGUGGGAGAGUGGCUGGAAGCCAUCAAGAUGGAGCGAUACCGAGACAACUUCACGGCGGCUGGCUACGGUUCCCUGGAAUCUGUGGCCAGGAUGUCAAUCGAGGACGUGAUGAGCUUGGGGAUCACGCUGGUGGGCCAUCAGAAAAAGAUCAUGAGCAGCAUACAGACUAUGAGAGCCCAGAUGCUGCAUCUCCACGGCACGGGCGUCCAGGUGUGACGAGGGCCGCCGUCGGACUGGGGGGCGGGGGCGAAGGAAGAAAAAAAACAAACAAACAAACAAACAAAAAAACAGAACUUAUCUGGAGCAGUGCCUGGGACGUAAAGCGGGAGAAUCGUCAAAGUAAACGGACAUCUUGUUGUGUCUGACUCUUCCGGCUUGUGUCUGGAGUGAAAUCAUUCCUUUGUUCCUCAGUGAAGGAUGGCGGUCCGCCUCUUCAAAAGGGCACUAAAGAGAGGAAAAAAGGA